GCUAGCCAUUGGCUGCAGCGUGUACCAGAGAAAUCUGGAGUCAUCAAGGUGCCAGUGAGUAGCGUGCAGAGCAGUCAGUUGGUCCAGCUCAUCCUAGAUGGAGUUGUGGCAAAAACGAUGACGAUGGCGAAAGCCUGCAGAGUAUUCUCAGCCUACGGAGAUGUGGCUUCAAUAAAUUUGAGUGACUGCUUACAGCAUGGAUUGGUUGAAGUGUCCUACUUCGAUACCAGCGCUGCUGAAGCUUUAGUUGCAGAUGCUGGCAAAGGACUAGCUGCCCGCGAAGCUGACAGUGAGGAUGAGUCGUUGACAGGUGCCACACAGGCGAUUUCGAGUUACAGUGUUUCCCAUACUGGCGCACCAACGCUCUAUCCUGAAGAUGCAUCAGGAUUGUCAGGCAGUUCAGAUCCCGGGCGGAGCCAGGUUCAAAUUGAUGCUACAUCCAGUACUGAGCUACAAGUUUCGGCUUUGGUUGACAAGUUAACUGAGAGCAACAGGCAGGUGCAGGGCGUGGACAUUCCGGCCCCGCAUUCUGUACCACUUCCAUUUCCAGAGUCAAAGGACACAUCGGCGCUGCUGUCCAUCAACCUGGCAAAGCUGGAGAGCGGUGAAGACACGCGCACGACCGUCAUGGUCGCAAGAAUACCUAAAACGUGCACUUCGGAACGGUUCCUGACCCGUUUACGAGAUUUGGCUUUGCUGAACAAAUUGCGGUUUUUCUAUAUGCCGAUAGAUGUUUCACGAAACCGGCCUUGUGGAUAUGUGUUCAUGGAUUUCCAGGAACCAGCAGAUGUUGUGCGUCUGUGCAGAAAUCUCAUGCAGCUGGGGAAUUUCAUUGGAGCUCGAAUUGACCGCAAGAUGCAGGUCAACUUCGCACGCAUCCAGGGCUGGGAAGGCCUCCUCCAACACUUUAGUGGUUCCGAAAUCACAUUUGAGCCAGAUGCCAACCGACGCCCGCAGUUCUUUUUUCCACCACAGGUGGACUUGGAGACAUCCCGACCAGGAGCCCAUGAUCCUGGUAUACUGCGUCAGCUGCAGUAG